AUGUGGAAGUGUGCAGUACUAAUCUCUGUCUGUUACCUGGGUCUGGUUGUGGCUCAGGGAUUAUCAGACAACUUAGAUUUAAAGGCUUCGCAUCAUCCAGCUUGUGGCAAGAACGAAUAUUUCGAAAAGUGUACAUUUGAAUGUCCAGCAGAGAAGACUUGUGAAAAUCGUUUAAUCGUUGCGUAUUGUCCAGAUGUUAUAAUGCCCUGUAUCCCAAAAUGCAGCGUAGAGCGUCCGCUCGAUAAAGAUAUAUAUAAGCAGCGACAAGCUGAGCUCUUUAAUACUCGAGGAGCCGGCAACAUGUGGAGGUGUGCAGUACUGCUGUCUGUCUGUUGGGUGGAACUAGUUGCGAGUCAGGGACUACUCGGUAGGCCUAUUCCAUCUUUAGUUCCUAUGGAAUGUGGACCAAAUGAAAUCUUCAAUGAAUGUGUACCAGAAUGCCCUCCAGAAAAGACCUGUGACACUCGUAAAGUAGGUGUCGCUUGUCUAGCAAUCUCAAUACCCUGUUCCUCAAAGUGUGUAUGUAAAGAGGGUUACUACAGGAAGACUGCGGGUGGGGAGUGUAUAUCAGAUGAAGAAUGUGGACCAGCUUGUGGCGCAAAUGAGGAGUACACGGAGUGCAGAAACCCUUGUGUGGAUGAUAGCUGCGCAGCAAUGGGGAGUCUGAAACCGAACUGUACUGAACCCUGUGAACCUGGAUGUGCUUGCAAAGAAGGCUUCUUUAGAUUAUAUAACUACUGGCCUUGUUUUCCUAGAUGUUAUUGUCAUGAGUUGCGAGAUGCACCCGAGUGUAGAGGUUAG